AUGACGGAAAACAUGGAUUUCAUGCUGCUUUCAAUGCUUUUAAAAUGCAAGAAAAUUGGAAACAAGGAAGAAUUAAAGAAAAAAUUUAACGAAAGUAAAGCGAAAAUUGAAAUUGCGCAAACAAAGCGACCGGAAAAACGAGAUCGGAGAGAAAUUCUUGAAAAUGGUCACAUGAUCUCUUCUUCCAGGAAUUUUCUUUCUUCCAAAAGAGCUUAUGUUAAUGAUUAUCUGCCGCGAAUUUCCUCGACACCAAAACGCAUCCGAACUUCACGAACAACUGACAGAAGCAACAGUUAUUCGUUACCAGAGCCGAUUCUUGAGAUCAGCGAAAUUCGUCCUCCGACUUUUGACUCCCGAAUUUCUCCGGUUCAAGAAGCAAACAAUGAUUUCAAGCCGCCCGUUUUUGAAGCUCCAAAAGAAAUCACCACAGAAGCAGCAGAAACUCAAACUUGUUCAUCUCUUAAUCAUUCAUCAACACAGACUGACGAGCUGAACGACAUCGUAUUUGAACGAACAAUUUCAGAAAACUCUACAUCAGAUGCUUCAACAUCAACCUGGUUCCAAAUGAUCGAACUCACCCAACCAGUUCCGCCAGAAAUGGAAGAAAUAGAAGCAAGAGAUGCGUCAACGCAAACUGAAAUCAACGAAGAAAAUACGAGAAAAUCUUUUUUUGGACUCUUUUGA